AUGAAUAUAUUCAGGCUAGCCGGGGAUAUGACCCAUUUGGCUAGUGUUCUUGUUUUGCUUCUCAAGAUCCACACCAUCAAAUCUUGUGCUGGUAUUUCGCUGAAGACUCAGGAACUUUAUGCCCUUGUUUUUGCUACUCGCUAUUUAGAUCUUUUCACCAACUACAUCUCACUCUAUAACACGCUAAUGAAAUUAAUUUUCUUGGGAAGCUCUUUCUCAAUUGUGUGGUAUAUUCGGCAUCACAAAAUUGUACGAAGAUCCUAUGACAAGGACCAAGACACUUUUCACCACUAUUUCCUUGUUCUUCCCUGCUUCCUAUUAGCCCUAGUCAUAAACGAGAAGUUUACCUUCAAAGAGGUUAUGUGGACAUUUUCGUUAUACUUGGAAGCCGUUGCCAUCCUUCCUCAGCUGAUCCUGCUUCAGAGAACGAGAAAUAUUGACAACUUGACCGGGCAAUACGUUUUUCUUCUAGGUGCAUACCGGUCGUUAUACAUUUUGAAUUGGAUUUACCGCUACUUUACUGAACCACACUAUUUGCACUGGAUAACUUGGAUUUCAGGGCUUAUUCAGACACUGCUUUAUGCCGAUUUCUUCUACUAUUACUUCCAAAGCUGGAAGAAUAAUGUGAAGCUUGAACUGCCUGCAUGA